AUGGCGGUUUGGGCAGUGGGGCUAGCGAUCCUUGGCCUGCUGGCCUGCUGGCUUGGGAGACGUCAGCGCAUCGUUACUAGCCAGGGAUGGUGGCAGUGGACCACGGGGGAGGAAGUGAAGGAGCACAGCCCGAGGGGGAAAGGGAACAAGCAGUCUCUUGUCGGGGACUGCCAGUGGAUCUUCAAGCCCUCUGCUCUGGCCCUGGCUUUGCUCAAGAGCCUCGGCAAGUCCCCUGACCUGGAGGCCUGGCAAUGGUGCUGGAAGACGUGGCCGUACUUGCAGACCGCCACGCAGCUCCUGUGGCCCCCUGACCACCCGCUGGAAUUUGCCAGAGACCAUCUCCAAGUGGCAGACAACGGCCUCGUCGCCUUGGACUGGGUCAUAGGGCCGUGGGGCGAAAGCGGGAAAGGGCCUAGCGCAGCGGAGUCCACAGUCCUCCUGGUUGUGCCCAGUGCCACUGGCAAGAUCACCAGAAACAUCUGCCAGCUGUGCCAGCUGGCCCUGGAGAAAGGCUACUACCCAGUCAUCUUCAACAGGCAUGGCCACAAUGGCUGCCCGCUGACCAGCGCGAGGCUGCAGCCCUUCGGGGACCCAUCCGACCUGAAGGAAGCAGUGGCGUACAUCCGCUUCCGGCACCCAACUGCCAUGCUCUUUGCCGUGAGCAAAGGCUCCGGCUCCGGCCUGCUGCUCUCCUACCUGGGUGAAUGCGGUUCGUCCUGUGAUCUCCACGGAGCCGCCUGCACCUCCUCCUUGCUCAAGGGCCAGGACUGGUUCGAAGCUGGCAGCCCUUGGUUGUGUGAAUGGGCCCUGCUCCUGUACCAGAAGAGAGUCAUUAGCAGGUAUACCGAGGCCUUGAGGGGGGUUGUGGAGAUGGAAAGGGUGCUCGGGAGCCACUCACUGCAGGAGUUUGAAGAAGCCCUCUUCUGUGGCAGGAAGAGCCAGCCCAUGACGUGGGAAGCUUACUGGAGAUGCAACGAGCCCCUGCGGGAUGCUGACGACGUGGCCGUGCCAGUGCUGUGCGUCUGCAGUGCGGAUGACCCUGUCAGGGGGCCUUCUAGUAGGACCCUGCCGUGGGAACUCUUUUGCACCAACCCUCAUUUCUUUCUGCUCCUGGCGCCCCACGGGGGGCACUGCGGCUUCCUUCAGAAGAGCUCCUUACCAUCUGCUGCUUCUUGGGGAAACACGGUGGCCCUGGAAUACCUGGGGGUUUUGGCCAAGUUCUUCCAGGCAGACGAGGGAAUGAGAGAGAGGCCCCGCCGGAGGCGCUCGGCCAUCCUGUAUCAACAUGGUCAGGGUGUUCGUCAAAACAGAGAAACCUUGCCAGCCAGCCUGGAUUCCCAGGAGAGCUUCAGCUGGCAAAGGUCAUACACUCGCUGA